GGUUUCCGAACUCAAUCUUGGAGCAGUCGAUCGCAUCGACGGUUCGCUGACGCAUGCUCGCGUGCUUAAUUGCACCCCAAGCCGUUUCUUCACGCCGUUUCCGACUGCAAUCUCAUCGCGUCGGCCAAUCCUACUCUUGGCCAUAUCGAAUUGCGCAUUCUCGAGUAGCGUCUCGCGCGGCAUCCGUGAUCGCCCGUUUGUCCGUCCGUUUGUCCGUCUCUCCGAUCGUUCGUUCGCUCGGCCCAGUUUGGCACUGUCUGUGCCACGAGCAAGUUCAUGGAUUGUGGUCUCGUGUCGACGAGGGAAGGAGAUUGAUAUCUCAUGCGAUCUCGAGAGGAGAUCCCGAUACGUCAUCGCAACGCGACGAAGAACAGAACCGAGAGACGCCCGCUGCUACCCAGGACAUCGUGUGACAUAGUUAUUUGCGAGCUGUUGUGUUGGUGAAAUGUUGUCCCGCCGACUUCCUGCGAUGCAUGGCGAGGACUCUUAGCAAGCGUCAUCUGCCGUCAUCUUCGUCUGUGCGCGAUAAGCGGUUAAACACCUAGGACGUGUUCGGAUCGCCCAUCCUCUCGACGUGCUCGGAGCCUCUCUCGGCGGUCGGCCAUUCUUGAGAGGGACUCACGAACACACAUAAUUGUCUGUCUCCUGUACAAGAGCCACACGCCGACUUGGUGCGAAACGCGUACGAGCCAGCGGCCAGAAGUUGCCGUAAGUUGCACGGCGGACGAGUUGUCAUACGAGUGAGAUGAUCAACAUGGAAACGGACAAGAUUAUCGACGACACGAACACGAGUCAGCAGUAUCCAAUGACGAUAUUGUACGAUCCAAGUUGCAAAAAGGAACCAUCUACAGGAGUAACCACACAAUAUGGACAGGAAAAAGAAAUUUGUAUGAAGCUAUUCGAAAGAUGGAGCGAACCGGAACAAGUGCACUUUGUCGAACAGCUGUUAGCGCGAAUGUGUCACUAUCAACAUGGACACAUCAACGCGUAUCUUAAACCGAUGCUACAGAGAGAUUUUAUCUCUCUUUUGCCAAAAAAAGGAUUGGACCAUGUUGCAGAAAGUAUUCUUUCAUACUUAGAUGCUAAAUCACUUGUUUCUGCAGAGUUGGUAUGCAAGGAAUGGCAUAGAGUAAUUAGCGAAGGAAUGCUUUGGAAAAAGUUGAUUGAACGCAAAGUUCGGACGGAUUCAGUUUGGAGAGGAUUAGCUGAAAGAAGAGGAUGGAUACAAUAUCUUUUUAAACCGAAACCGGGCGAGACAUUUCCCAAUCACAAUUUUUAUAGAUCUCUUUAUCCAAAAAUUGUUAAAGAUAUUGAGAGCAUAGAAAACAAUUGGAGAAUGGGUCGAUUCAAUCUUCAAAGAAUUAAUUGUCGCAGCGAGAAUUCGAAAGGUGUUUACUGUCUACAAUACGACGAUCAGAAGAUAGUUUCCGGACUUCGUGAUAAUACGAUUAAAAUCUGGGAUAGAAAUACUUUACAAUGCAUUAAGGUGUUAACGGGACAUACAGGUUCUGUGUUGUGUUUGCAAUACGAUGAUAAGGCUAUAAUAUCUGGUUCCUCGGAUAGCACUGUAAGAGUUUGGGAUGCUAAUACAGGCGAAAUGGUUAAUACGCUAAUUCAUCAUUGUGAGGCAGUGUUGCAUCUUAGAUUUAACAAUGGCAUGAUGGUUACAUGCUCGAAGGAUCGUUCAAUAGCGGUUUGGGAUAUGACGUCACAGACGGAGAUUGCAUUGAGAAGAGUUUUAGUGGGACAUAGGGCAGCAGUGAAUGUGGUUGAUUUUGAUGAGAAAUACAUAGUUUCUGCUAGUGGUGAUAGGACUAUUAAAGUAUGGAAUACAUCUAAUUGCGAAUUCGUGCGAACGUUGAAUGGACAUAAGCGCGGUAUAGCUUGUUUGCAAUAUAGGGAUCGCUUAGUAGUUAGUGGUAGCAGUGAUAAUACCAUACGACUGUGGGAUAUCGAAUGUGGGGCAUGUCUACGUGUUUUAGAAGGACACGAGGAACUAGUGAGAUGUAUUCGAUUUGAUAGUAAACACAUUGUUAGUGGUGCUUAUGAUGGUAAAAUUAAAGUUUGGGAUUUAGUAGCAGCUUUAGAUCCUCGUGCUGUUGCUAGUACACUAUGUUUACGUACCUUAGUGGAGCAUACUGGACGCGUAUUUCGCCUUCAGUUUGAUGAGUUCCAAAUCGUCUCAUCCUCUCAUGAUGAUACAAUACUUAUUUGGGAUUUUCUUAAUUAUAAUCCAUCAAGUGGAAGUGUAUGCAGUGGACGCUUACCAAUGGAUGGAGCGCCAACUCAAGCUGAUACUAGAUCUCCUUCCCCAUUUGAGUGACGCUAUUUGAGAGUCAAUAUGGAGAUUCUUUUAAUGUGAUAUAAUUACAAGUGGUUAGUGAGUGAAUUCAAUGUGUUCACGAUAAUGUACACAAAGAUUGAAAUAUUCAAUGAUGAGUGUCCAGUGUGAACGACAAUUAAAUAAUCACAGUGACAUCUGAAGGAAAAACUUGAUUGGUCAAUGACUUUAAUUUAUAGUUUGCUGGAACAACAAAAGAAAUUUCCCAAAAAAUAGGGAAGUAAAACCGACUGAUCCUUCCUGUGUGAAACUAUAAAUUAUAAUUUAUAUAUGUGCUUUUGACGCACUAUGUUCAGGAACGAACAAUAUGUUAAAAAAGCCACAUAAAUACAUCCCAUGGAUGUAAAUGAUGAUUGUCGUCGUUUGCUUUGGUCAUAUCUGGAAUUCUUCUACGCUCUGUGACAUGAUAGAAGUCGAGACCAUUUUCCUAAGGUAAAGACAAAAAAAA